UGGAAGUGUUGUAGAUUGAAGGGGAGAUUUUCCUUGAGUGGGAGGAAGGACGUCUCACCUGAGUCGCUCCCUGGCCGUGCAGACUCAGGAGCAGGGGCCCUCGGGCUCCUCUCCUGGCACUACAAUGGAGUGCCUGGGCUUUGGGCGCAGGCAGUGUCACAGAGGUCACUCCAGGAGGUACCAGUCGGGGUAUGUCCCUGGAAAUAGUGUCCUAAAGGCUGUGACUGUCGGUAACGUGUCGAAAGUGGAGCGAAUGGUCGGUCGUGGAGACGGUGGAAUCAAUGAGAGGGAUGAGAAGAACAGGACUGCUCUGCAUUAUGCCUGUGUCUAUGACCAGCCCAAAGUGGUGACAUUCCUGAUAAAGAUGCAUUUUGAUGUCAACAUCUGUGACGAUGACAAGAGCACAGCACUCAUUAAGGCUGUACAAUUCCAGGCGGAGGAGUGUGCCAUGAUUUUGCUGCAGUCUGGUGCAGAUCCAAAUGUGAUGGACGCCAGUGGCAACACUGCCCUGCACUAUGCCGUCUACAGUAAGAACACGUGCACAGCAGCAAACCUGCUUAGGCACAUGGCGAUGAUUGAAGCAAAAAACAAGGACAGCCUCACUCCACUAUUACUUGCUCUGAAAGAAAACAAUCAGCAAAUGGCAGAAUUCCUAGUGGACAUGGGAGCGAGCAUCCAUGCGACGGAUCAUCACGGACG